CGUAAAUCGAGCUUACUCGGCCAGCAGCUGGCUAACUUUAAACAGUAAAUAAUACUACGUUCGACAAAGCUCAGUUUUAAAACCUAGGCAUGUACGAGCUUAAGUCCUGGUUAUCUUUUUCUCAUAGUCCAUUAGGUCCUCAAUUUAUGUAUUUUAUUCUCUUCUCCAUAAUGAUUCUGUGUCAAGCGAGUCUAGUCACCUUGUGUGUCUCUUGGUUGUCAUCGGAAAGCCUAUUGAGAAGCACAUGGAACGCAAGUGAAACACAAAAGGAAGCACUUUAGUCUUAGAGCGGUUAGAUCAGAGAUCAAUGAUUGGUGGAAUUAGCGUCUCGCGUUUGCUCAAAGAACAC